GGCGGACGCGACCACGAGCAGAGGAGAGUUCAAACAGGAUCUUGAGGCCAAUUUGCUAUUUCAGGCAAACUGAGCUUUCAUCAUGCUGGUUAAAGUUCAGUAUCAAGGUGUAAAGAAAUUUGUGAAAUAUCUCAGCGAUUCAACGUUCCAAGAUUUUCUCAAUGAAGUUAAGGGCAAAUUUGGCUUAGCCAUAACUGCAGCUCUCCAAGUCUUUGAUGACACCGACACCAAUGUGGAAGAGGACAUCUUCCAUGAAUUGAUCGAAUGCAGUCCACAUUUAUGCCUUACUGUAAGAUCUCCGGAAAAUAUUGCUGGUUUGUUUGAGGAGUUUUCACCUACAAGAACCUCAACCCCCAGCACAUGCACUGACACACUUUCACUCUCUUCAACUGACCAUGACGAGACCCAGAGUGCAGUGGAAAAUCAAACGGCAAUGGGCAGCAUAGACGCUGAAAAGGCAAAACGGACUGUCCAAGAUGCACUGGAAAAAAAAUCAGGUGGUGAGGAAGUGCUUGAAGAAUACCAGACAGCAAAAACUUUAAAGCACAGCACCAGACGUCAGCUUGUUAAUAUUGUUGUCAGUCACAUGACAGAAAUUCAUGGGAGGAUCCCCACCCGCAAACAGCGGGAAACCUAUGCUUUGGGCAUUAUUUCUCUCUUUCCUAGCCUGAAAGACCCAUUUUCAGCAAAGGGCUAUGAGCAUUUCUACGAUCCGGAAAAGGGAACAGGGUUCAUCUCCUGGCGCCUUAAAACGUUGUCGAGGAAAAACCCAAAACGUGUUCGCUUAGAGAUGACUGAAAGUGGAGGACCAAGUCGACGAAGGAGGAUAGAUGAUGUCCAACAACUUGAAGGAGAUGCAUGCAGAGAGGCAAUUUCUUUCCUUGUCCACACAGCUGAUGAAACUGAAGUAAUGCAGAAGAUGAAGGAAACUUUUAAGCAUCGACAAGAAUUUGUCCAUAAUCCUGACCGAUCAGCUGACGUCCUUGAUGUGUUCCCAAGAUAUUUGGAUGUAAAAGGAUUGAUAAAUCAGGACUUUGCUCUGCUGUUCAAUGCUGAAACAUCCAACAAGUUUCUUAAGAGGUGGGAGACUGCAUUCAAGCAAAAGAUCAUCAAUGAAGCCAAGUCUCUUACUUCAACGGCAGAAAUUCGGUGUCUUCUCAAUGCAGCUGGUGGACAAGGAUCGGAAAAUGAUUGGGACAGUGACAUGUCAUCUGUCCUGCUGCUGUUGCAUCUCCUGCCUCCUCCUCCAGGGAGGAAGAAGACCAAGAUCAGUCCAACAGAGGCUGUUGACAGACUUGUGAAUUUUCAUAAGUCCUGCAACAGUAUUGAAGGCCAUCUCAGUGGGAGGGAGGGCCACCAGCCAUUUCUACUGGGAUCAGGAAGGAUCAAAGGCAGGAUCGACCACUUUUAUGUUGUUGUGGACAAGCGCCUUAUCCCUUGCUCUGGAAGCAGCUCCUUAAGUGCCUUUGAUGAACUUUUCAAAGUUCACUAUGUCUUCAACUUGUCCUACGAGGAAGCACUGGUCAACUUCUUUACCUUCCUGCAGACCACAGUUUACAACAUAGACGUUGGUCUUUCAAGUGAGUCUCCCAGAGUAAGGGAACUGCGUGCAAAGCUUUUAAAUUAGUUUAAAUGUUAGUGUUUC